CUGGGCUCACUAGGGCUCUUGGAGACAGCCUGAACCCUGCGGGGGAAGCCGUGGGACCCCCCUGAGAUUCUGUGGGAAGGGGGGGGCGGUGCACAUUCUGGGAACAGCUGGGGCUCCCCCGGGCAUCUCCCAGGUCUGCCUGCCAGGGUGAGUGACCGUCCUGCGCGAGUGCAGGCAGCGGGCCCAACUUCCUAAAGUGGCUCCCAAGUAUGUUGCUAGGGGCUCACGGGGAGGCCCCUCGGGUGUGUGUCGGAAAGAAAUGUUACCAGUAAGAGCUUUUCUCAUAUUUGCUCAUGGCAUUAUUUUUAUAAUCAAUAAUGUAUAAUCAAUUUUGUUCUAAAGCACCUGUAAGUCCUCAUCUCUGGAUUGAAAAAUGCAUAACCUGGGAGACUUAGCGUAUUUGCACUGUUUAUGCUGUGUGAGGAUAACGGGCUUCCUCAUACUUUGGACCCCUGUGUGUGUGUUCAACUGGAAACCAGCAGAUUCUCUUCGGAGGGGUGUGUCAGCCAUGGCUGCAGACAUCUGGCCAGAGGUCAUGGGUUGUCCAGAGGCUGUGGGCCAAGGAGAGGAGAUGCUACUUGUUACAUAUGGUGACGAGGGGAGUAGCUGGCAGCCAUUCCCACACGCUCAUGUUGGUUUUUUUUAAUUUUUUUUUUUAACAUUUAUUUAUUUUUGAGACAGAGAGAGACAGAGCAUGAACAGGGGAGGGGCAGAGAGAGAGGGAGACACAGAAUCUGAAACAGGCUCCAGGCUCUGAGCUGUCAGCACAGAGCCCGACGUGGGGCUCGAACUCGUGGACCGUGAGAUCGUGACCUGAGCCGAAGUCGGACGCCUGACCGACCGAGCCACCCAGGCGCCCCACCACACGCUCAUGUUAGAGAAGAUUCCAGACAGGCUGCUUGGUGCCUCUUGGUUCCUGGUGACACCGAUGAGGAGACUGUUGUGGGGAUCAGUCGCUGACCCACGGCUCAGCCCCCUCAAGGCAGCCAAGGUUGGGGAACACAUGCCUCGAUGUCAGCACCUGAGGCACGGGCAGCUGUGCCUAGAGAGUCAGGCCCUGCUGGGUCCGCCUCUGAUGUUCUGGGAGCCACAAGGACACUGCCAUCCCAGAGCAGGGGAGGGACCACCCCCGUGGCCUGGAUCCUACUCCCAGACUGUGAAUCUGGAAAUGCUGCUUCUCACUUGAGGUGGGCCAGGCCCGAGGAGCAGAGCAGGGAGGUUCACAGGGUCUUUGGGGUUUCCUUCUGUCUCAUGGAGGAGGCGGGAGGGAUCCGGCCUGGUACACUUAUCACAUCGAAGAGAUACUCCUGGGGUUUUAGGAGCUUGAAAGCCAGCCUAUUCCUGUACAGACCUAGAAACCGAGGCCCAGGGAGCAACGGUGACUUGGCUGUAGUCACAGGGGCUGCUGGCAGCCUUCUGUGCUCUGAGUUGGAUGUGGCUUCUCCUGGACACAUUUCUGAACUCGGUGUCGGGUGCGGCCUUCUGCAGAGCCCUUGGAAUGUUCCAGAGCACCUGGAUCAUCCAGUGUGGAUAUCUCCUCCUUUGCGUGGGGGUUGUUUGCUUUGAGGUGGUUAAACGACUUUUCUCCCUGGGACAGAUGUACCUCAGCUUGUCUCCAGCUGGGAUUUCUUGAGCUCCAGCUCAAGGCAAGUCGGGUUCUGCACACUGCCCUUGUUCUGAGGUGGUGCUUGCAGGGUUGAGAGCCUGUUUGGGCGAGUGGCCGUGACCUCCCCCAGCGAAAGACCCCCUCGGCCCAGGAGGGAUGAGCAGUAGGAGAAGCCUGGGAAGCCCCUCGCCAGGACCAGCUGGGGCAGGACCCCCCCCGGGACAUCAGGGUGUGGGGGCUGGUGGCUGUGGCGUUAGGUCCAACUCACCUGGUUCUGCUGGCAGCCGGGUUCCUGGGAGAGGCAGCACCUGCUGACCGCUGAGGAAGGCCCCAGUGGAGGGUGCAGACAGGCCCCUGGCCUCUUCUGGCUCCCCUACCCCAGCGGGCCCAGCAGUGCUCGCUGGACACCCCACCCCCCCCUCGACAGUACAGACCUUCUUGGGCCAAUGGCUCGAUCCAAGACCCGCUGGAUGGGAAGAGAGCCCGCAGCUGCCGGGCUCCAGGGUCAGGUUAAUUGAAGAAGCAAUUGGAUAGGAGGUGGGGAGAGGGAGGGGGUAGGGCUGGGGUUGUGGGGCCUCCCUCCCACUCCCUCCCUCCUCUGCUCAGAGGAGCCAACUUCAAAAGCCUUGUCUGCCUGCCGCCAGCCUUCCCUGCUGUGUCCUGUCCUGGGAAGCCCUGUUGGCCAGGCUUGGAGCAGGACUUGGAGUGGCAGCCACACUCCCUACCUGAGGACCCAGGAUCAUGUGCAAGGCCCACUGGCAGGAGUGAGGGAGGGCCUCACCCUCAGAGGCCCAUGGUGCCUCCCAAGCCUGCACUCUGGGCGCUCCUGCUGGCUCUGCUGGGGCUCGCACCGGGUCAGGCAGGGCUCCGCACCUGCAGCAUCCCUGACGUGCUCCGCCACUACCGCGUGGUCAUCUUUGAGGACCUGCAGGCUGCUGUGAGGCAGGUCGGGCCAGGCUCCCGACACCUCCAUUUCAUCCAGAAAAACCUGACUGGAGCUGCAGUCCUCGGAUGGCGGGAUCGGUAUCUGGUGGGAGCUUCCUGCGGCGCCCAGAAGGAGCACGAUAUCCUGCUGUCCAUUGCGUCCCUGGGUCGGACCCUGCGCAGGGUGGUGGCCCGGGGCCACCGCCGCGGGGCACUGGAGAAAGCCGCGUGGACUGUAGCCCUGCGCACCGAAGCAGUGAUGCGGCGCCACUGCUGGAUGAUGCGCCAGCGGAGGAGGAGCCGGUGGCCCAAGAGGCACCCUCCUCGGAGUCGCCGCAGCCGCAGCCGCAGGCGGCUCCUCCUGCGAGUCCUGGACGCCGUCGCCACCUGCUGGGAGAAGCUCUUCGCGCUGCGUGCAGCAGCCUCCGAGGACUCCUAGCGCGUCCUGCGCAGGCCAGAGAAGAGCCAUCGGGGCCGAGGGGCCUGGGAACGAGCUUCAUUUGGUGCCUCCUCUCCCUCUUGUUGGCUUACUGCUGGGCCCAGGCCCCUCCUUGUCAUGGCCCUGGACAUGCUCCAGGCACCUAGCCAGGACUCAAUAAAUUGCUGGUGCUGCGGUCUGGUCUCUUCGCCUGCUGGGGUGGGGCCCACCACCCCUGGACCUGGGCCUGGGCCACGAGCGGGCGCUGGGGGCAACAGGCCGCUUGGUAGGGGAACCAGGACUACCCGCCACACCUGGACGAGGCCGGCCCCCACCCCACCCCUCCCCCUUCCAGCUGCGCUCCCAGCCUCAGGCAGCAGGGGGCGAGUGGGGACGCUGGAUGGGACUCCCCUAGGCUUGGGGGGUGGAUGGGGAGGGGCUCUAUCGGGCCCUGAAAUGUCCGGUUUCCGUCCUGCUCCUCUCUGGAAUGGGGGAAGGGGUGGAAAUGGAGGGGAAGGGAAGGCUGAGCUUUGUGAACUCAGAGCAAAACAACCGGAUAAAGGAAACGGGCCUGAAGGGAAGCCAGAGUCGCUGGCCCUGGCUGCAAGUGGGGCCAGGCCAUUUCCUGCGGCCCUGGGAGGGGUGGCCACGGCCCCCUCUGUGGGCCUGGACAGGCUGGUCAGGGAUCCGCUGUCUUGUGCUCUGGGACCGUAUGUUUGCUUGGCAGGGAGAGGGUCCUGAUCCUGAACUCCCCUGCCCACAGCUGCAGAGAUAGCCAGGUGUCUGUGACCCCCCCUCCCCAAUCCUAGUCUGUGGAGGAGUGGAAGUACAGUCCGCAGAGCGCCUGGCCAACAAGGAUGCCUGUUGGGCUCCACCUCACGUACUCCUUUCUGACAGGUGGGUGGACCAAGGAGACCCCAGAGCAGGCCUUGCCUCUGGGGUACCCUGGCGGAACAGACAGGGAGGGGAUACAGAAAGGCCUUCAUGGUGGGGCAGUGAGCAUUAGCACAGAAUGAGAACCAGACCCUGGCCCAGCACCCCGCUGUACGUGUGCAGCAGGGCCUGUUGUCCCUGUUUUGUAGAUGAGACUGAGGCACGGCCAGGAAGCGUGAGGGCUGGGGUGAGACCCAGGCCUUGAGCGUGGCUACACCCUGUGUGUGCCCUGUGCGCGGGCCACAGUGCGCAGCUGCCCUGGGGGCCCUGUUGUGGCGAUGCGGGGACCGCCUGCAGUGUGGUGGGCCAUUCCACCCAUCUGUCAGCACCCCCUUCCUGCAGUGGAGAGCAGUCAGGCUGUCCUGGGUGGAGGGGGCAGGUAGGAGGGGGAGCACAGGCCUCAGCGUCCUAGGGACACAAUCCCUGAGUCCUGGCCCAUGACCACGCGAAUGGGCAAGGUGCUCUUGUACUCUGACCCCAUUCUUCCUCCCUGGACGCUCCUGUCAGAGCCCAUCUGGUAGUGUGUACGUGUGUGUGAGCACGCGCACAGGUGUGCUGAGGGGUUGCCCGUGAGAAUGUGCACACAGCUGUGCGUGCACGCUCCUGUGCGUGCGGGGGUGUGUGUCUGUGCAUGGGGUCCCUUGGGGUCUGUGCAUGUGUGUCUUGCCCUCCCCCUGCCUGGAAGAGCUCCCCACUUGCGGGUGGCCCUCCUGGAGUCUAACUCUGGUCCUUCCUGGCAAAUUCAGCACGUUGAGUCAGGGACUGGAGGAGGCCUGUGGCCUGAGCCAGCAGAACCGAAGUUGUUCUUUGGUAUGAGACCCCACUGCACCCUGUCUGCCCACUGCCCCUUCUCUUCAGACCUCAGACAGAAUGAGUGGCUUCCACACUGGGCGGAGGCCCUGCACAUCUUUCCGGGUCCUGCCUCUGCCAACACGCUGCUGGCAGGCCAGCAUUCUGGGCACAGGGACCUGGGCCCUCGUCCCCAUAUCUCAGACACCAUCUGUAUGGGUUUCCUACGACUGCUGUAACCAAUGAUCACAAGCCAUGCGGCUUAACACAAUAGAAGUUUCUUUCCCCACGGUUCUGGAGAUCAGAAGUCCAAGAUCAUGAUCACGGGCUUGAAAUCAAGGUGUUGUAGGGCUGACCUCCCUCCAGGACAAACCCAUCCCGGCUGCUUGCAGCGUCCGGAGGCUCCAGGUGCUCUGGGGCCACGUUGCUCCAGCCUGCUGCUGCUUCACGUGGCUUUCUCUUUUUUACAAGGAUCUUUGCCCUGGGCUUAGGGCCCCUGGAUAACCCAGGCUGAUCUCAUCUCAAGAUCCUCAGUCCUAUCUGCCAAGACCCUUUUUCUAAAUAAGAAUCCCACUCCCGGGUUCUGGGAGGUGGGCAUCUCGUUCUUGGGGCCACCGUUCAACACACUGUCGAGUCUUUCCUCACAUAGGAUGGCAGCAAGUGGGGCUUCUGGCCUCUGGGACGAAGUUCACUUGUCCAGCAUGGGGAUAGCCCAACCAGACCCGGUCUGGGGACAGGUGUACAGCCACAGUGACCAGCCAAGACAGACCAGAGGGAGAGCUAGGGAUCCGCUGCUCGGAACCCAAGAUGUUCGCUUUUGUGUUCAGCACCAGGACCCCUUCUGUGGCUUGCGCAGGAACUGCUGGCUGGAAGGGACCAGAACCAGUGAAGAUGGGGUGCUCAAGCAGGGACCGAGCCUUUGGCCUGUCCUGCAUGAGGCACUGCCCUCCUUGCCGAGGUCUGGGGCGUGUCGCCUGAGCCUGGUUCUUCCCCUGCAGAAAACGUUGUUUCUGGGGUACAUGCAUGGUUGGGUUGGGUCCUGCACCCAGUGGUGUCCUGUCCCAUACACGAGCCUUCUCAACUGCUUCCAGGGAGGUGGGGGCUGGGUCCCAGAAGGAGGGGCUGUGCCAGGGUGGUAGAUGGGGCCGCAGGGCACUGGCCAGGGUUGUGUAACUUCCUGAAACCAGGGAGCCAGACCCCCCCCAUGUGCAGCACCAGAAGAAGGGGGGGCAGGCUGACUUUGAAGGGUAGCCUGUGUCCCACGGCCUUCCCAGACUGGGAGCCUUUGAAAGAACAUCUGGAACAUGGGCGACCGGCAAACUGGUCUCUGGAUUUGAAAACCAAA